UCAGGUUAGCUCAUGUCGUUGUCGUUUGUUCCCCAACAGUUUCCCUUGAACGUCGAUCGUGCGAACACACAACAACAAACCAAAGUGAAUCGAAAGUACUCGGUGUCAUGUCGCGAAAGGGAUAUAAAAGACACUUCUGGGACUCAGCAGAGUCGGUUCCACGCUCCACAUCUUAUGCCUACAAGAGGAAACUUCAAGAUCAAGCCACAAAGCCAGUAGGGAGCAGUGGUCAUGUAUUGGCAAACGUUCCCGCCGAGGAAGGACCUGCUGCUACUGCCGGUCCCUCACGCAUGACAUAUGAGACGUUUGCAUCGCCGGAGACCGUGGAAGUUACCGGCCAGGUUGAUAUGCCAACGUGCGCUGAGAGCAGCACCGAAUAUGCCUCAGCGGAUGAAGCAGAAGAUGACUGUUCUCCAGUGCGUGAGUCAGAGUCAGAGUCUGACACAGACGAAUCUGAAGACGAUGACAGUGACCUGCGUGUGCAGCAACCAGACGAGCUGGAUGAACCACUAUAUCAAGGCUGCCGACUGUCUCUAGCUGAAAGUCUUCUGCUGGUGAUGGGAUUCAUCCUACGGCACAAGGUGACAAAAGAGGCUGCGCAGAGUCUUGCCAUGAUAGUACAAGCACACUUACCUGCCGGAACAAGCUACCCAGCUACCAAGUACUUGUUCAAAAAAUAUUUUGAUACAUGUGCAAAGCCACCGGACCAUCAUUUCUAUUGCUACUGUGGAGCGUACCUUACUGACAAGUCGGGUAAUUGUGUAUGCAGUGAGUGUAGCCGAUCCCUGGACACUAAAGAACUUCUGAACAAAGGACAAUACUUCCUGUCAUUUGAUUUGGAGAGUCAGCUUACAGAAAUGCUCAAGAAAUUUGAGGCAUCUCUUCUGAAGCCUUCGCCAAGCAUUAACAUGACAGACAUCCACCAAAGCCCAGCAUACAACAGCCUACCAGUUGGAAAAAAUGAUGUCUCUCUCACUUUCAAUACUGAUGGUGUACAACUUUUUGAGUCCUCACAAUUCUCCAUCUGGCCAAUCACAGUGCAGGUCAAUGAACUACCAUUUAAAGAGAGGCUCCUGCACCCCGCUGUCGCAGGCUUGUGGUUUGGAAAGACAAAGCCCAACUUCAAAGCGUUCUUCCACCCUUUUGUGAAGACCAUGAACAGGCUAUCAACACAAGGAUUUAAGUGGUCAAAUGCAGAAGGAGAAGUUACCACCAAGGUAUUUCCAGGCCCGUGCACUGUGGACAGUGUGGCAAGAGCCCCCCUGGUAAAUAUGCACCAAUUUAAUGGGAGGUUUGGGUGCCUUUGGUGCUUUCAUGAAGGGGAAGUUAUUGCUAAAGGAAGAGGACACACAAGAGUGUACCCCAUAACUGAUCGUGAACACGCCAUUCGCACUUCUGCUUCCGUCUACAAGGAUGCAACAAAGGCAAGGCAGAGAAAUGAACCUACUCGUGGAAUCCUCGGUCCCAGUGUUUUGUUCCUGCUCUCAUAUUUUGACAUUUGUAAAGGUGUCGUCGUCGACUACAUGCACACUGUGUGUCUUGGUGUAGUCAAGGCAACAACAGUCAUGUGGCUUACUAAUGCAUCUCAGCCUUACUAUUUGAAGCCCAAGCUUGGUGAAGUGAAUCAACGCAUUCUAAAUAUCAAGACUGUUGCUGAAAUCAGUCGUCUCCCGCGCAAAGUAACUGACUACAACAUCUGGAAGGCAUCUGAAUGGCGUGCUUGGCUGCUCUUUUAUUCUGUUCCUGUCCUCACAGACUUGCUCCCCAAAAAGUACUUAAAAAACUGGAAAAAGCUAGUUAUGAUUAUGCAUAAACUGCUGUCCUUCAAUGUAAAUCUUGAAGAGCUUGACAGUAUCCAAGCUGAAGUCCUCUCAUUUGCACGCCGGUACCAAGCGCUCUAUGGCACAGCAAGCAUGACAUACAACAUGCACUUAGUAACACAUUUAGUGCUGUGUGUCAAGAACUGGGGGCCUCUCUGGGCAUAUUCGAAUUUUCCUUUUGAACAUUUCAAUGGUGUCUUAACAAGGAUGUGUCAUGGAACACGACAUAUUGAGUCACAAAUCGCGUACGGCUUGAGCAUAUGGAAUGGUCUGCCUGCAUUGUGUCGUGACAGAUCAGUAUUUAGAGUUUGUACAGAGGCACGUAAGCUGUGGCAGUCCUUUAUUGUUGGAAGCAGUUUGCAAAUUGUGUCGUGUAGCAACGAGCAUAUCAGAUUCACAGGCAAAGGUAGAGUAGGCCAAGCUAGUCAUACAGCAGCUGUUCUUCAGUUCCUACAACGCCCUCCAAAGGUUACCAAGUGCUUCACAAAGCUUAUGCUGAGAGGUGUCCGGUUUGAUUCGAAAACUUCCGGCUCCAGACGUUGCAAUUCCUUAAUAUUGACAAAGGACAUGGAAGUGGUGACGCUUAAAGCAAUUUAUGCAUACUGUUUCAAUUGUUCACAAAUCCCGUGCUCGUGCAACAAUGUUGUCCUUGUAGUUUCGCAGUGGUCAUCCUGCAGUAUUCUACAGGGUGUAUUACUUAAACUGGAUGUCGUUGGAAACUUAAAAGUAAUUCAUUGCAGUGAUAUUUUGUGUAAGUGCAUAACAAUCAACAUUAAUGAAAGUUUGCAUGCGUGCCCAGUGACUGUCAGAAUAGAGUGUUGGUAGAUGAUCCAACUUGUAUUGUUCAGAGGUUGUGUAUGAGCAUGUUGCUCCAUCUUCACCCAUGUAGCUAUCGCGUACAAAAACAUACAUGUAACACUAUUAUACCAAUUAGACCGUGUAGAAUAUAUUAGAAUGUGUAGUACCUGUCAAGAGACUUUUUGGCCAAUUUUGUUGCUGAGAAGCACUUGGUUUAGAACAUUUGUAGAGCAUCUGCGACAUUUUCAAGUAUGCAAAAUGUUUCACGACUGCAGUUCAGAGUGUCGUUACAUGUGUUCAUGCAGUACAGAGAAUAGAACAGAAGUAGAAAGAAAGAAAUGCAGCACAGAGACCUAAUAAACGA